AUGUCGUCUAACGCCCCUAAGCGUGUUACCCUGCGCAGAUCAUGCCAAGCCUGCAUCCGAGGCAAGCGCCGUUGCGACCAACUCUGGCCGCGAUGUAGUCGGUGCCAGGCUCGGCGCGUCGACUGCGAAUACAUUAAUAUACCACUGCCAGCUGGGCCCGAUCCCUCCAGUGCCACGUUGCGUGUUGUACGCCGUGCAUCAUCCGUGUCCGAUCUGCCGAUCCACCGGCCGCUACCGUUGGUAAUUAUGAAAGGAUACGAUCGGGAAAUCAUUUCCUUCCUUAUAGCCGGAAUGCGAAGUUUUCCUACUGAAUUCGCGGAGAAUAUGAAGACGGACUUUAUCCAUCCGGACCUUUAUCAGAGUUCCGAGGCUUCAAUCGUGUUUCAAAAUGUCCGGACUCUCUGCAGACUCCAUUCUCAAGGGGACAACUCUACGUCCCUUACUCCUCUGUUACAGCAACACUGUGCAGAACUCCUUCGCAAGUCUGGUCGUUCAGCUAGCUUCCAAGAGCUUCUCGCAUGCAUCCAAUCACUACUGAUCCUACAGUGCAUUCUCAUCCUCGAUGAAAAAACAGAUCUUGGCCCCUAUUCGGAAACUAUCAGUAGUAUGUUGUCUAAUGUUGGGCGGCGUCUUUGGCAGAAAGCUCCUGCUCAACUCUCCCAUACUAUGAGUCCACGGGAAGCAUGGCUCUUCGCAGAGAGCGUUCGGCGGACGAUCAUUGUCGCGUUCAUGUUGCGCAGUGUAUAUUCGUUGCUGAAGAGAAACUACUCCGUCCGCACUCCGUUUGUCGACUCGCUGCCUUUCGAUGUUCGCACUACCUUGUGGGAUACAGAUCAUGCGGCCUGGGAUGACGCAACACCCGUAUCUUUGGAACACAUGGUUUCGUUGCAACAGUAUUCGACCAUGCUAGAGUCGGGUGCAGUCCACGGUAUCUCACCUUUCAGUGCUCUGAUCUUGGCUGCCUGUAAAGGCAAAGCUGUGUCCAACGUUCCUUAUCCGCCUGCUACAGGCUACAGGGCCUACUGA